AACUUGAACCAUAGUACGCUGCCCCCAGAUAAAUUUCCAUGUGCACGUAGAAGUAGAACAACAACAAUUGCUGACCACCAACCAUUCCUUAUCCCUCCCAUGCCAGUCUUUCUUUUCUUGGGUCAAUCCCUAAAAAAAAAAGUCAAUACCAUUCUCUUCCCCCCUCUCCCAUUAAUACAGAACUUUCAGGAGCUUCAGCCUUCAGGACAACAAUAACGCACACAGCUCCAAGCCUUAUAAAAAAAAAAAACGAUCGUAAUGGGUGGCCACCAAUCCAAAGCACACAAAACACAGCUCUCAGUCUCUGAACCAAAACCAGCCAUGGAUACCACCACCCAGACCCAAAGCACUGAUUCCACUACUGAACCAGGGCCAGCAUGGUCAGCUCUCCUCGGCGAGAACAACUGGGCCGGCCUCCUGGACCCGCUGGACCUUCACCUCCGAACCCUGAUCCUCCGGUGCGGCGACUUCUGCCAGGGGACCUACGACGCCUUCAACAACGACGCCAACUCCAAGUACGCCGGGUCCAGCCGCUACGGCAAAGCCUCCUUCUUCGACAAAGUGAUGCUCCAAGACGCCGCCAACUACGAAAUCGCCUCCUUCCUCUACGCCACCGCACUCGUCAGCGUCCCCGAGGCCUUCCUCCUCCACUCCAUGUCCCGCGAGUCGUGGGACCGCGAGUCCAACUGGAUCGGCUACAUCGCCGUCACCACCGACGAGUACAGCAAGUCCAUCGGCCGCCGCGAAAUCUACGUCGCCUGGCGGGGCACCACCCGUAACUACGAGUGGGUUAAUGUGCUGGGCGCCGAGCUUGAAUCCGCGGCGCCGCUGCUCAAACCGAACACAGUAAACAAUGAGCUCAAACGUGGUGAUGGUGGCACUAGUAGCAGUGACGAGGAAGAAGAUGAUGAAAAUGCUAAGGUACCCAAAGUCAUGAGAGGCUGGCUGUCCAUGUACAUCUCCGACGACCCGAAAUCGGCCUUCACCAAAUCCAGCGCCAGAGUUCAGCUGGUCACCAAAAUCAACGAGCUGAGGGAGAAGUACAAAGGUGAGAAGCUGAGCAUAGCGCUGACCGGGCACAGUCUCGGUGCCAGCCUGUCAGUCGUCAGCGCUUUCGACCUGGUGGAGAACGGAAUCUCGGAUAUUCCGGUGGCGGCUUUCGUCUUCGGCUGUCCACAAGUCGGAAACAAGGCCUUCAAGACCAGGAUAGGCCAGCACCCGAAUCUGAAGAUUAUGCACAUAAGGAACGAGAUCGAUCUGAUUCCACACUACCCGGGAAGGGCUCUGGGGUAUCGUUAUAUAGGGACCGAAGUGGAGAUCGACACGAGGAAGUCGCCGUAUUUGAAGGACUCGAAGGACCCGUCGGACUGGCACAACUUGCAGGCGAUGCUGCAUAUAGUGGCGGGGUGGAAUGGGGAGAAAGGUGAGUUCGAGCUCAAGGUGAAGAGGAGUGUGGCUUUGGUGAACAAGUCGUGUGAUUUUCUCAAGACGGAGUGUUCGGUGCCGGCGUUGUGGUGGGUUGAGAAGAACAAAGGGAUGGUGCGGGAUGAAAAUGGAGAAUGGGCUCUGGCUCCGCCGGCGGAUGAGGACCUACCAGUCCCGGAAUAUUGACCAGUAGUGAUGGCGUGGUAGGCCAGUCAAUGUUGGGUAUAUAAUACAUGUGUUUGAUGAGCUAGUCAAUGAUGGCCAGAGAGAUCGACAGCUAGUAGACUAUCGGCAUCUCUCGAUUGUUCUGCUUGUAAUUGUGCAUUUGUAGUUUUUCUACUUUGUUUAUCCACAAAUUCAUGUGCUUACCAAUAAUAGACUUAGGCUAUGUUUGUUUCCCGGAAAGUGGGCAUUGGGAAAUGAAACACUUUCCUUUCCUGCGUUUAGGACAGCCAAGGAAGGGAAACACUUUCCCAAAGGAAAGGAAAAAGUAAGGGAAAUUGGUUCCCUCUCCCCCCCCCCCCCCCCCCCCCCCUCCGGAAACGCUUUCCCAAAGGAAAGGAAAUUGAUUCAUUUCCUUUCCACCAACCAAACAUGGCCUAAAGUAAAGUGAUUCAUACUGUAAAUUUGUUGAGAGGAAUUAUGUGAUUGUGUCAAUUUACUAGUUA